UAAUUGAUUUUGGGUGGUUGAGAUUUGUUUUCUCAGAAGCAAAGCUGUAAAAGGUAGAACAAGAGCACUACAUCUUACACUAAACAUGCACCUCACGUUCACAACAGCAAAGAGCCUCCAGAAUUAGAAUUCGCCUAAAAUUCCUACCGAAAGGAGAGAAAGGAAAAACAACAUUCACCUUACACGAUUUUGUCCUAACUCACUGGAUUCUAUUGACAUUCUUUUCUCUGUCUCUCCCUCUCUUUCUAUCACACUUUGGAGUUGGCUUCUUCCCUUUUUUUUUCCCUCUCUCGCUCAAGCAAACCAGACAAUAUUAACCAUGUCUCUCCUUCUUCCUUGAUUGAAGCUUUAGCAACAUUACGUCGGGGCCGAUCCUAUUCGGUACCCGGGUACGUAUGCUCUUGCGCCUGUGUUGUUGACUGCUGAUCGGGAUCGGUAUAAUCUGCUCUGACCAACGAUGGUGCGGGCCCUGGAAAAAGAGCAAGAGGACUACCGGUCUAGGCUCUCCCGUUUCCAGGAUAUGCACGACAACCCGGGGCGUCAUGUCAAGAGCUUGAGUGCCGACAAUAGCUCAUGCGCUGGAGAGCUCUCGGGCGAUGACACGGCGAUGUCAAGGAGCUAUGGUGCGAGGCCUCACAACGAGAACCCGGCGGAGCAGCAACAGAUUGGUUGGUCGCUCCAUAAAUCUACAGCCAAGGUCCCUAAAUCACGCCAAACCCGUGACGAACCUAAAGAUAAGCACCAACCUUCAGACAUGGAUUUGAUGAAAGAAAGGUUUGCGAAGUUGCUCUUGGGUGAGGAUAUGUCUGGUGGAGGAAAAGGCGUUUCCUCGGCCUUGGCCUUGUCGAAUGCCAUCACAAAUCUGGCUGCUUCUGCAUUUGGCGAGCAGAAACGGCUAGAGCCCAUGGCCCCAGAAACGAGAGCGAGGUGGAAAAAGGAAAUCGACUGGCUCUUAUCCGUGACAGAUCACAUUGUUGAAAUGGUUCCUUCUCAACAGAAAAACAACGGGGUGAACAUGGAGAUUAUGACAACGAGGCAACGCACCGAUCUCCACAUGAACAUCCCUGCUUUGCGAAAGCUCGAUGCGAUGCUCAUCGAUUGUUUGGACAACUUCAAAGACCAAAAUGAAUUCUACUAUGUAAAGAAGGACGAGAAGGACUCGGAGAAAGGAGAUUCGAAGAAGUGGUGGUUGCCCACGGUAAAAGUGCCGCCCAACGGUCUCUCGGAAAUGUCAAGGAAAUGGAUCCAGUUUCAAAAGGAUUCUGUAAACCAGGUCCUGAAAGCGGCUAUGGCAAUAAAUGCGCAAGUCUUAUCAGAAAUGGAGAUACCUGAAAAUUACAUUGAAUCUCUACCUAAGAAUGGAAGAGCAAGCCUUGGAGACUCCCUCUACAAGCACAUAACGGACGAAUACUUUGAUCCCGAUCAGUUCCUCUGUGCAGUGGACAUGUCGUCUGAACACAAAAUCCUAGACCUCAAGAACAAGAUCGAGGCCUCAAUCAUAAUAUGGAAGAGGAAGAUGAACAACAAGGACAGCAAAUCAUCUUGGGGAUCGGCUGUGAGCAUGGAGAAGAGGGAGCUUUUCGAAGAGAGAGCAGAGACAAUUUUGCUCCUCCUCAAGCAACGGUUUCCGGGAAUUUCUCAAUCAUCACUGGACAUUAGCAAAAUCCAAUACAACCGGGAUGUUGGACAGGCUAUCCUAGAGAGCUAUUCAAGGAUACUGGAGAGCCUGGCCUUCACAGUGUUGUCCAGAAUCGAAGAUGUCCUCCAUGCCGAUUAUGUUGCACAGAAUCCAUCGCAAGCACCACUUAAGAGGAACCCUCUAAGAGAUUGUCCAUCACUGACAGGGACACAGAAGUUCAACGCUCGAGAGGAGAUAGAGAAGCUUAAUUCGUCAGAAGCACCCAGUUCAAUGACAUUAUUGGACUUCAUGGGGUGGAAUGAACAAGAGGCCGAGGAAAAGAAAGACACAGCUGCUGAUAAUUUGCUUAAAGACAGUGACGGGAAGCACAUGGAUAAGCUCUCCAACCUAAGGACUGCCAACAAGAAGGUUUCAUAUCUCGAGAACUUGGGCGGUGUAAGAAGCCCCACGUCACGCCAUUAGCGGUAGUUUCCAUAGAAGAGGAAAGGUUAGGAAGGACGGUAAGCGAAAGAGAAGAUUUAUGGGAGGAAAAUUCAUAGCUUCAAGGAACAGAGAUCACAAUCAAAGAUACAAGGACGACCUGCACGCGCGCCCUCAUGAAUUGUACUUAGCUAAUGCUACUCUUUUCCUUCUGUAAUCAAGGAGGAGGAGGAUGAAGAAG